GGCGUCCACGCUGGGGACAGCGGCGGGAAGUUGAGAAAUAAUGCCGAGGGCUUCUGGACGUCGAGCCCCCGAAGUGACGGGGCCCGCUUUCUAGGUCCGGGUGCUGCAGGACACCGGGUCCUCUGACUGGCGGGGUCAGCGACGUCUUCCCAGUGGGCGAACCAGCACGUGCACGAGAGCGGGAAUUGUCCCUCGCCAAAACGUGACCCCCCCCGAAGGCCGCAGGUAGCAGAGCCAACACCUUGAGGCUCACCCGACAGGCGCCCCACAUCCCUCCUGGGGCCAGCACCGCACCCCCAACAUCAACCCCACCUCAGAGAUGCUGCGGCAGUGGUCGGUGCAGUCGGGGCAGGCCCCGGGGGAGGCAGACCCCGAGACAGGAGUCGAGGUGCUGUGGGAGCAGGAGAUGGAGCGGCUGUGCGCCUCCCGGGUGCCGGUGCGCGCACUGCCCUACGCCAUGGUGGACAAGCGCUGCAUCCGGCGGCUGCGGGAGCCCGAGGGGAUGGAGACUUCUUGCUGGCGGCGGUGGCAGCGCAGGCGACAGACCGCGGGACGGCGCCUGGGGGAGGCAGCACAGAGGCUGGCCCGGGGCUUUGGGCUCUGGGAGGCGCCUCUCUACGAGAUCGGGGGCCUCUUUGGCACCGGAAUCCAGUCCUAUUUCACCUUCCUCCGCUUCCUGCUGCUGCUCAACCUGCUGGCACUGCUGCUGACUACCAGCUUCGUCCUGCUGCCCCUGGUCUGGCUCCGCCCCCCUGACCCAGACCCCGCCCUUAACUUCACCUUCCAGUGCCCUGGCGGCCACCAGCCCCACAGUGGUGAUCCCCAGUUGCACACUCGACUCUGGAAUGUUUUGACCGGCAGGGCCUUCAACAACACCUAUCUCUUCUAUGGCACGUACCGGGCGGGGCCCGAGAGCAGCGCUGCGUACAGCAUCCGCCUGGCCUACCUCCUGAGCCCGCUGGCCUGCCUGCUCCUCUGCUUCUGUGGGACCCUGUGGCGGAUGGUGAAGGGGCUGCCGCAGAAGCUGUUCCUGGGCCAGGACUAUAGGUCACCUCUCAGUGCCAAGGUCUUCUCUUCCUGGGAUUUCUGCAUCCGGGGGCAGGAAGCAGCCACCAUCAAGAAGCAUGAGAUCAGCAAUGAAUUCAAGGUGGAGCUAGAGGAGGGGCAUCGCCUCCUGCUGGCACAGCAGCAGACCCGGGCCCAGAGAGCCUGCCACCUGCUCACCUACGCUCGUGUCAACAUCCUCAUCGGGAUUCUGGUGGCUGGGGCCAUCAGCGCCAUCUUCUGGGCCACCAAGUACUCACAGGAUAACAAAGAGGAGUCCCUGUUUGUGCUACUCCAGUACCUGCCCCCUGGGGUCAUCUCUCUGGUCAACUUUCUGGGUCCCCUGUUGUUUGUCUUCCUUGUCCAGCUGGAGAACUACCCUCCCAACACUGAGAUCAACCUCACCCUUAUGUGGUGCGUGGUGCUGAAGCUGGCCAGCCUGGGCAUGUUCUCCUUCUCACUGGGCCAGACUGUGCUGUGCAUCGGCAGAAACAGGACCAGCUGUGAGUCCUACAGCUACGCCUGUGACUACCAGUGCUGGGAGAACUCGGUCGGGGAGGAACUGUACAAGCUCAGCCUCUUCAACUUCCUCCUCACGGUGGCCGCGGCCUUCCUCGUCAGCCUGCCUAGGAGGCUGCUGGUGGAGCGGCUCUCCGGCCGGCUCUGGGCCUGGCUGGACCGGGAGGAGUUCCUCGUCCCCAAGAACGUGCUGGACAUUGUGGCAGGGCAGACGGUCACCUGGAUGGGCCUCUUCUACUGCCCCCUGCUGCCUCUGCUCAACAGCAUCUUCAUCUUCCUCACCUUCUACAUCAAGAAGUGUCGCUUCCGGGGGCGUCAGACUCCUGGGGGUCCGCAAGCUGGGCUAACCGCGCCUGCUGUCCCUGCUCCCCAGUACACCCUCCUGAGGAACUCGAGGGCGUCCCCUCGGCGAUUCCGGGCCUCCAGCUCCACCUUCUUCUUCCAGCUGGUGCUUGUCCUGGGCCUGCUCCUGGCCACCGUGCCCCUGGGCUAUGUGGUCAGCAGCAUCCACUCUUCCUGGAACUGCGGCCUCUUUGCCAACUACUCGGCCCCCUGGCAGGUGGUCCCAGAGCUGAUGGCCCUCUGGCUCCCACCCCCUGGCCAGCGUGCCCUCCACUACCUGGGAUCCCACGCCUUCAGCUUCCCCCUCCUCAUCCUGCUCAGCCUUGUCCUGACCGUGUGCAUCUCCCAGUCCCGGGCCAACGCAAGGGCCAUCCAGGGGCUCCGGAAGCAGCUGGUGUGGCAGGUCCGGGAGAAGUGGCAUCUGGUGGAGGACCUGUCACGGCUGCUGCCGGAGCCGGACCCCGGCUGCUCUCCGGGGCCCGCGUCCCCUCGCUGCCGCGCUUCUCGCCCGCGGUCCUUCUGCCCCGGAUUCCCCUGCCCAGGCUCCCCCAGGCCCGGACCCUCCCCCUCGGAUCCCGCCGGUAGAUUCCGCUUCCCCAGCGCCUCGGAGCUGUAGUACUGUCACGGAAAAUACUGGAAAGCCUGGGCCGGAUCACCGACGGCAGAACCAAGCGGCACUCGGAGGUCUUGGAGUGCUGAGGUUUUAUUUCACACCGGCGGGCUCAGAGCGGAGCCAUCGCCCAGGGUCUGAGCCCUGAGCACAAGCAAGGGGAGCAAUUUGUUAUUUUGAUAUGUGGCAUUUCUGCGUGCGCAGGGCAACAGAGGAGCCCCGGGGAGGGGAGGGGGGAGCUGGGAGGGCUUUGCCAACCGGAGGAAAAAAAGCGGUUUGCUGACCUUGA